CCACCGGACCCACUCCCUUUUUCGGUCUUGUCCUGAUCCAACCGUGAUGUUUGCUUGCUCCAAUCUGCAUCCUGCGGCUUCUUGUACAGCUGUAACCGAAAUUCCCAAGCGGUGAUGCUGAACGGUUGAUGAUUUUUGGCACCCUUUUUGGCGCCUGAUCACAUCGGUGUUCUAUAGAUGGAGCUAUCCACUUCUACUGUCGACACCCGCGCUUUUUCAUAUAAUAGUUCUCCCCUUUCCCUCCGGCUCCAUGGAAUGACUCCCUUCCUCUCCUUCUUGUUCAUUGUCUUUGCUUCUUGAAACUCAAGUCGCAACUCUACACCUCCUUUCAUCAACCCGUGCCCCGAGAUUCUUCAUAGAUCCCUUCCCCAUUCUUCCUACCGCCCUUUUGAACUCUUCGUCUUCCAUUGAAACUUUGUCUAUUCCUCUACAUUCAGAGUGCACUAUAUUUUUUUUUUCUUGUAUUGAUUUCCAAUUUCUUCUGGGAUCGACGUGGAGAACCAAAAUCUCCGAUAGUCCCCUCGCGCCCUCCCUAUCUUACGGCGGUUCUCCUUUUCUCAACCGAUCUGUGUUCAAUCUCCCUUGCAGAGAGUCUCCCGUACUCUUUCCCAACUGCUGGGUCCCGAGGAUCUUCCGCCUUAUCGGGUUCACGAUAGAAAUUACCCAACCGCAGGGGGAGCAAUGCUGAAGCCCUAAAAUCACGACGCCUGCUCCUUACUCCGAUAUCAUCAGUCUCCACAUCGAUAUUACAUUCCUCGCUCCCUUUCGAGCCCUGACGCAUUAACCCGGGGUAGUGUCGCCUCUUUUAGGGGGAAAACAAAAGCACCGCUCUUUGGUACUUUUUCCCCCCUCACGAACGAUUCUCUCGGAGUUGAAAGUGGGGAGUCCAAUUUUUGCUCCUUAACUUCUUGUUCAGAUACAUCUUUUUUUUUUCUGUUCUUUUCGGCCUUUUGCCCUCGGGCUGAUUUUCGAUCUAUCACACAAUAUGUUCCGACGACCAGCAUGUUUGCAAGGCCGACGACCGCGCAAUCGCGAGGCCGAGGAAUGGUCUACAUUUCCCAUUCGGCAAUUGUUCGUCUUAGCACUUGUUCGAAUUUGCGAACCCAUUGCUUUCAUGUCGAUUUUCCCCUAUGUGUACCACAUGGUGGAAUCGUUCCAUGUAACCGAAAAUGACCAAAAAAUCGCGCUCUACGCCGGCAUGAUCACCUCGUCUUUCACCUUUGCCGAAUUCUCCGCUGGCAUGUUCUGGGGCCGGAUGAGUGACCGGAUCGGCCGCAAGCCGGUGCUCAUCAUGGGUCUCAUUGGCACGGCUAUUAGCAUGGUCGCCUUUGGAUUUGCGCCCAACCUAGCGACGGCGAUGAUUGCGCGAGCCCUGGGUGGACUGUUGAAUGGGAAUAUCGGAGUGCUUCAAACGACGGUGGCUGAGAUCGUGACGGUCAAGGAGCAUCAGCCGCGAGCAUAUUCGAUCAUGCCGUUCGUGUGGUGCUUAGGCUCGAUCCUUGGGCCGGCUAUGGGCGGUGCAUUGGCCCAACCCUGCGACAACUACCCGUGGCUGUUCUCGCGUAACACGCUCUUCGACCGGUUCCCGUUCCUGCUGCCCAACCUGGUGUGCAUUGUCGUGCUGGUGUGUGGAAUUGUGGUCGGAUUCCUGUUUCUGGAGGAGACGCACCCCGAAAAGAAGCACCGAAGAGACCGCGGCCGUGAGUUGGGCCACUGGUUGAUCAACCAGUGCUGUGGCUCGCGUGUGCAGCUCCCCAAUGAUUCUGACGUGGGGGUGGAGGAGACCAAGUACUUCGUGUAUGGCGACGUUCCACCCGAAUAUGAAAGUGCCGAAUCAUCGCCCUGCCUGCGCCCCGUGAACGUGAGUGUGGGAGCAACAGAGUGUGACGUCGACGUCGAGGGACAGAAACCGGCCGCGCCCAAGGCGUUCACUCGACAAGUCAUCUUCACCAUCGUUGCUUACGGCAUUCUCGCCUAUCACAGCGUGUCCUUCGAUCAGCUGAUGCCAGUCUUCCUCAGCACGCCCAAGUCCGACGAUGCGAUCGUCCUGCCCCUCAAGUUUACCGGUGGUCUUGGGUUGCCAACGAAGACCAUCGGGUUCAUGUUGGCCGUCCAGGGAGUUUAUUCUAUGAUCGCUCAACUCUGGUUCUUCCCAUUCGUCGUCAAGCACUUUGGCACCUUGCGCACGUUCCGCUUCGUUUUGCUGGCAUGGCCGCCGCUCUACCUGGCCGUGCCCUAUCUCAUCCUACUCCCUGCUAAACUCCAGAUGCCCGCCGUCUACGUCGCCCUGAUCAGCAAGAUCACCUUGCACGUUAUCGCCUUCCCCGCGAUCGCCAUCUUGCUGGCCAACGCCGCUCCCUCGUCAAAGGUCCUCGGUUCCAUCAACGGCGCUGCUGCCUCCACCGCCAGUCUCAGUCGUGCCUUUGGGCCCACGGUGACGGGGCUACUGCACUCUAGAGGUCUGCUGAGCGGUUACUCCGUGCUGGCAUGGUGGGCCUGCGGGCUAGUCUGCGUCGUUGGUGCCAUCCAAAGUUUCUGGAUGGAGGAGUCCCCCGAGCCCGAGCGCUUCAAGGAUCAAGACUCCGAGGUCAGCGAGAUGGAGCUCAAGCAUGAGACCAUGUCGAAUGAUUCUUACGCUUGCCGAGAUUCUAUUUCGGAGGAAGAGCAGCGCCUGCUCUCUCUGCGCUCCAGCCUUGAUCAGGAAUUCGACGUUUCCACCUUGAGCUUGAACCCCAUUCACGAUUUCUCAACUCCCCCGGAGACCGACUUGUCCUCUAUCACUCCUCACCGCUAAAAGAUGAGAGUGGUGUAUGUUACCCAUGAGCAUACCCCUCUUGUCAUCUCGCCUUGUCCUUCUGGAAGGGCAUCCCACACUUCUUCUUCACGCUAUUGCACUCCCCUCUCUUCUACGGAGGGCUUCUUUUUUCUUUUUUCUUUUAUUUUCUCCUCAUUUUCUAGCCAUGAUACCUUUCCUACUUUCCCCAUGAUUCUCUUUUUCUUUUUCUUUCCUGUCUUUUCGUGUGUGCUUUGUUUUCCUUUUUCCGCUCGCUUCAUCGAGAUCAGGAACGGCGCAACUGACAUAGAGUGGAUGCAUAUGCGACAGAAAAGCAUAAACCUUGUGUUUACUUUCUUCGGGUUUGGUUUUUUUUCCCUUCUUCCAUUGUUAUGAGACGAUGGCCCUUCUUUUGUUUUUGUCCUUUUGUCUUCGGGAGCAUUGAAACGGGAUUAUAUUAUGAUGAUACUCAUGCAUCUGGGAGGUUCUCUGUGAUUUUUGCGUCUCUUGCGGUUCUUUACCUAUUUCUCCAUUCUGCCUGUUGUCCCGAAACCACCAUUGCGGAUCCUCGAUAGAUUUUCCUGUUACGGACUUUUGACACAAUGCACGGCCUUACCUUAUUGCUCUGCA